GAAUUUUGCUAGGCCAGAAGCAUGUAUGGCUGAGGGGUACUUAGCUGGAGAAUGCAUAGCCUUUUGUUUAGAGUUCCUAAAGAAUUCUGUACCCGUUGAAGAAGUACUUAACCGUAAUGAAGAUAUUCAGUCUGAUGGAAUGGUUCUUGAAGGUCGACCACUGCAAAAGGGAACAGAGCUUAUUCUUUCAGAGAAAGAUAGAGACAUAGCACAUCGAUAUGUUUUGAUGAAUAUGGCUAUUAUGGAUCCCUAUGUUGAGAAGCACUUACAAGAACUGCAAGAUAAUGAUGUUCGAUUAGCAACAAAUGAAACUUUGUUAUGGAAGCAUCACACCCAACAAUUUGCUGAAUGGGUGAAGAAUAAGAUACCUUCUAACUCAAAGGAGCAUUCUACGAAGCUGAGGUGGUUGGCCUUUGGACCAAGGUUUACUGCUCAUACCAAUAAAGGUUUUGUCAUUAACGGGAACCGAUUUCACAUACAAUCCGUUAAGCGAAAGACUCAGAAUAGUGGAGUCACUUACGAAGCUUUCAGCAUGUGUAGAUCUUCUGCAAGAGAUACAAGACAUACAGCCGAUAUGGUCACAUAUUAUGGAGUGAUAACAGAGAUCAUUCUUCUCGAUUACCACAUGUUCAGCGUUCCUUUAUUCAAGUGUAAUUGGGCGAACAGAGGCUACGGUGUUAAGGAAGAAGAUGGUUUCACCCUUGUCAAUCUUCAUGUCAACCAAACGCCAUAUUUACAAGAUCCAUACAUUCUACCAUCACAAGCAAAACAGGUAUUUUACUCUAGAGAAGAUGAAGAAUCGCCUUGGUAUGUUGUUAUGAGAGCACCACCGAGAGGAUAUCAUGAACUCGAGACAGAGGAAGACGUUGUCGGAGCACCAUUACUCGCACAGGAAUUUGAUGAUACAGAGCAAUUGUCUGAUGAUGAAAGUUUUUGUGUUAGAGAUGAUUGUGAUGGAAUUAUAGUUGCUGAUUGAUUUUUUUUGCAUGGAAAAUUUGUGAGAAUUGAAUAUAUUUUUUAUUUUCGAAUAUUUUAAUUUUCUUCGAAUUUUAAUUAGAAUUAAUUUUUAUUUUACA